GCCCCGGCUCCCGCGGCCCGGCCGCCCGCGCCGCCGCGAGCCGCCCAUGGUGCAGCGCAUGUGGGCCGAGGCGGCCGGGCCUGCGGGCGGCGCCGAGCCGCUGUUUCCGGGCUCGCGGCGGAGCCGCAGCGUGUGGGACGCCGUGCGCCUGGAGGUGGGCGGCCCCGACAGCUGCCCCGUGGUGCUGCACAGCUUCACGCCGCUCGACCCCGACCUGCCGCGCGUCGGCGCGGGCGAGCCCGACGGGACGCAGGGUUCGACGCAGGAGAUCAGCGAGGAGCUGGUGAACGGGGUCAUCUACUCCAUCUCCCUGCGCAGGGUCCAGGCGCACCACGGCACCCCCCGGGGCCAGCGCUGGCUGGGGUGUGAGAAUGAGUCUGCGCUCGGGCUGCUGGAGACGUGCCGGGUGCGCACGGUGAAGGCGGGCACGCUGGAGAAGCUGGUGGAGCACCUGGUGCCCGCCUUCCAGGGCCGCGACCUCUCCUACGUGACCAUCUUCCUCUGCACCUACCGCACCUUCACCACCACCCAGCGCGUCCUCGACCUGCUCUUCAAAAGCAGGUACCGCACCUGUGACGUCCUCACGGCCCCCUCUAGAUAUGGCUGCAUCCUGCCCUACUCCGGCCAGGACGGCGGCCCUCAGGACCAGCUCAAGAACACCAUCUCCUCCAUCCUGGGCACCUGGCUGGACCAGUACUCGGAGGACUUCUGCCAGCCGCCCGACUUCCCCUGCCUCAAGCAGCUGGUGGCCUACGUGCAGCUCAACAUGCCCGGCUCGGACCUGGAGCGCCGCGCCCACCUCCUCCUGGCCCAGCUGGAGCACGCGGAGCUCACGGACGCCGAGCCUGGGGUGCCAGCUGUGAAACCUGCUCCGGACCUCCCGCCGGCUCCAGCGUCCCGGCCCAGCCCAGCUCUGGGGCUCGAGUCCACCCAGGUGCCGGGUCCAGUUCCGGAGUUUGAGCCCACCCAGGCUCCGGUUCCAGCGCUGGCUCCAGGUCCAGAGCUUGAGCCCACCCAGGCUCGGGCUCCAGCACCAGGUCCAGCUCUGGGGCUUGGGUCUCCCCGGGCUCUGGAGGUCGAGGCAGCGCCCAAACCAGCCCGAGCACCUAGUCCCGAGCCGGAAUUCCCCACAUCGCCAGCCCGAGCACCGAGUCCGGAGCCGGAGGAGACCACCGUGCCGGGCCCCGCGCCCAGCCCCACUCCAGAGCUCGAGGCGGCCGUGCCGGCCCCCACACCCCCGGCCGCGGAGCUGGAGGCCACUCUGCUGCAGACCCUCGAGCUGGAGGCACGUGCGGCGCCCGAGCCCCCCUGGCCCCCGCCCGCAGCCGCCGAGAACGGGCUGCCCGACAGGCCGCACAUCCUGGCCUUCCCCGCGGACCUGGUGGCCGAGCAGUUCACGCUCAUGGACGCGGAGCUGUUCAAGAAGGUGGUCCCGUACCACUGCCUGGGCUCCAUCUGGUCGCAGCGGGACAAGAAGGGCAAGGAGCACCUGGCGCCCACCGUGCGCGCCACCGUGGCCCAGUUCAACAGCGUGGCCAACUGCGUCAUCACCACCUGCCUGGGCGCCCGCAGCGUGUCGGCCCGCGACCGGGCGCGCGUGCUGGAGCACUGGAUCGAGGUGGCCAGGGAGUGCCGAGUCCUCAAGAACUUCUCGUCCCUCUACGCCAUCCUGUCUGCCCUGCAGAGCAAUGCCAUCCACCGCCUGAAGAAGACCUGGGAGGAAGUUCCCCGGGACAGCCUGCGAGUGUUCCAGAAGCUGUCGGAGAUCUUCUCGGACGAGAACAACUACUCCCUGAGCAGAGAGCUGCUCAUCAAGGAGGGCACCUCCAAGUUUGCCACCCUGGAGAUGAACCCCAAGAGAGCUCAGAAGCGUCCGAAGGAGACGGGCACCAUCCAGGGCACCGUCCCCUACCUGGGCACCUUCCUCACAGACCUGGUGAUGCUGGACACGGCCAUGAAGGACUAUCUCUAUGGCAGGCUCAUCAACUUCGAGAAGAGGAGGAAGGAGUUCGAGGUGAUCGCGCAGAUCAAGCUGCUGCAGUCGGCCUGUAACAACUACAGCAUCGAGCCCGAGGAGGCCUUCGCCGCCUGGUUCCGCGCCGUGGAGCGGCUCAGCGAGACCGAGAGCUACAACCUCUCGUGCGAGCUGGAGCCCCCGUCGGAGCCGGCCGGGACCACGCUCAAGGCGAAGAAGAGCACAGCCAUCGUGAAGCGCUGGAGCGACCGCCAGGCGCCCAGUGCCGAGCCCAGCGCGGGUGGCAGCUCCCACUCCAAGUCGUGCGACCAGCUGCGGUGCGGGCCCUACCUGGGCGGCGGGGACCUGGCGGACGCGCUGAGCGUGCACUCGGCCGGCUCCUCCAGCUCCGACGUGGAGGAGAUCAGCCUGAGCUUCGUGCCCGAGUCCCCCGACGCGCAGGAGAAGAAGUUCUGGGAGGUGGCCUCGCAGUCGUCCCCGGAGACGUCGGGCAUCAGCUCAGCCUCGAGCAGCGCCUCCUCCUCCUCGGCCUCCACCACUCCCGUGGCCUCCGUGCGCUGCCACAAGCGGUCCAUGUCGGGGGUCUGCGGCUCCGCCUCUGCACUGCCACUCUACAACCAGCAGGUGGGCGACCACUGCAUCAUCCGGGUCAGCCUGGACGUGGACAACGGCAACAUGUACAAGAGCCUCCUGGUGACCAGCCAGGACAAGGCCCCGGCUGUCAUCCGCAAGGCCAUGGACAAACACAACCUGGACGAGGAGGAGCCGGACGACUAUGAGCUGGUGCAGGUCAUUUCGGAGGACAGAAAGCUGAAGAUCCCCGACAACGCCAACGUGUUCUACGCCAUGAACUCCACGGCCAACUACGACUUCGUGCUGCGGAGGCGGCCGGGCAAGGGCGCCAAGGUGCGGGCGGGCGCCAGCUCCACGCUCCCGCGCGCCAAGCAGAAGGGGCUGCGGAUGGCCAAGGGCAUCUUCUAGGGCCCGGGGCGCCGGGAUUGACGCCCCCGGCCGACCUGGCCGCCCCGCCCGCCCGCCGUAGGUGCCUUCCGCGCCCCGGAUCCGGCUCACUGCCAGGCCCGCGCAGGCCGCCUGCACCAAAGAUCCCACCCGCGGGGCGCCGCGCGGGGACACGGACGCGCGCCCACCCCGGCCGGGAGCCUCGCGGGCGCCGGGGCAGGAGGACGCGCGGGCCCGACGGGCGCGACUCUUUGUAUAAAAGGCGAAAAGAAAAAUGUUUACCAGUGGGGGAGGGGCAAUAUUUAUUUGUUGUAAAUAGCGGACGCUAGACUUGAAUAUUCUAUUAAAACCCGGUUUCUACGA